GAUGGAGGAGUUGGGUAAGACUCUGGAAGAUGCAUAAACAAUAUACAUCGGUGAGCCCCAUUGCUGACGUCACUGUGAAGACUGAAAACAAACUUCAACCAAAGAAAUACCGCUACGUACGUAAAGAAGGCAGCUGUAAUGUUGUGUUUCGCCAUGUUCCCGAGGAGUGGCUGCUGUUUGUUACCGACAUCUUCACCACCUUGGUGGAGAUCAGAUGGAGGGUGAUGUUCCUGAUCUUUGCCCUGUCUUACAUCCUGUCGUGGCUUUUCUUCGGCAUCCUCUACUGGGUCAUCGCUCUCGCUAACGGUGACACAAGAACAAACACAAGUGAACCCUGCAUGUACGGGGUGCGCAGCUUCACAGCCGCUUUCCUCUUCUCACUUGAAACUCAAACGACCAUUGGCUACGGUUCCAGAGGAAUGUCCGAGUUCUGUAUGAUUGCCAUUAUCAUUGUUACUAUACAAGAUGUCAUCAGCUGCUUCAUCGACACGUUUGUCAUCGGAAUUGUCGUCGCCAAGAUGGCCUCGGCCAGGAAGAGGGCGCAGACGGUGGGAUUCAGCAACUGGGCCGUCAUCAAUCUUCGUGAUGGUUACUUGUGUCUCUCCUGGAGAGUCGGGGACUUCCGCAGGCACCACCUGGUGGAGGGGACGGCUCGCGCACAGAUUGUCCGGUCCACGGUGCAUGCCACAGGAAAAAUGGACGUGACAUACGAAGAUUUGGUCAUCCAGCAGAGGGAAAUCAUUCUGGUCACACCUACCACUGUCUUCCACAGGAUCAAACCUGGCAGCCCUUUGUUCAAUAUGAGCUUGAUAGAUCUGCGGAAAGCAGACUUUGAGCUGGUGGUGUCUUUUACGUACACGGACGACUCCUCAGGUAUGCUGCAUCAGACCCGAACCUCGUACACUCCAGCUGAAAUCCUCUGGGGUCAACUGUUCCAGGAGAUGAUCAGGGUCAGCAGGAGGAACUACAGGGUGGAUUACACCUUGUUUAAUCACACCGCAAAGGUGCUGGUGCCUGAGGUCAGCGCUGAGGAUUACGAACACAAGAAGCAGAUGAGGCCCUCUCCCCGACAUUCCCCACGACCUUCCCCGCGCCCCUCUCCAAGGUUAAAGCAGCGGAAUCAUCAAGAAAAACCUCUAAAACCCCCAACGGUAACUGUGGAACUUGUGAAUGAUAUAGGCCCUCAACCAACUGUUUCAACAUCUCAAGCAGACAAUCAACAUCACGAUACGUUGACUCUGCCAAAUUCCCUCACAAAUACAGAAAUAUAA